AUGCCAUUGCACACGGUCGCCCUCGGCGCCGCUUUGACUCCUACCGUGCUACAUACCCUCAUCAAUCAUUACCUGCAUCGCAAGUCUCUCCGCAAUCAGCCCUCCGUCCACAUCACCUACGAUGAAGGCAUUCAGAUUAUCCGCAAGUUCUUGGUCUACGCUUCCAAGCACCCGAUCGAGGAUCUCCAAUCCUUUACGUCUCAGUCGGUGCCGAGCCCCCACUGGGUGAGGACCGAGACGGUGACGAUCCCAGAGGAAUCCUUGUCGGCGGCUGCAGAUGCCCUCUCAAAACAGCUGGGUCCCAGGGGGAUUGCGCGGGUGGGUGGUGAGAAGUGGUGGCAAUGGCGGGGGCCGUCCGAAGAGCUGAAGGGGGAGUGGAUUGAGAUGCGCAGUGACUACAACAAGACCAAGAAGUCGGGCCAGCGCAGCAACCGCGUCAUGCUGUAUAUCCACGGUGGUGCCUACUUCUUUGGAAGCGUGGACACUCAUCGGUAUAUGCUGCAGCGUCAUGCGCGAAAGCUGAAGGGCCGCGUCUUUGCGCCGGAUUAUCGGUUGGCACCGCAGUUCCCUUUUCCGUGUGCGCUCCAGGACUCCCUGGCGGCGUAUCUCUGGCUCCUGGAAACAUACGAGCCCAAGGAAAUCAUCCUUACUGGGGACUCCGCGGGCGGCGGGAUGGCCUUGUCGAUGCUGGUCAUCAUGCGCGAUCAGGGUAUCCCUUUGCCAGCGGGGGCAAUUCUGAUUUCCCCCUGGGCGGAUCUAACGCAUUCCUUCCCGAGUAUUGUCGCAGACAACCCCGGAGACUAUAUCCCUCCGUAUGGAUUCAGACACAGGCCGUCCGUUGCCUGGCCUCCACCCAACGCCGACGAAAUUUUCAAGAUCAAACGACUAUCUCGGAAGGAGACAGUGACCGCUCAGGACGUGGAGAAGGCCGUUCCGGCUGCAAACACCGAGGCAGAGGAGACCGCAGUUCGCGGCUACACCCUCCACGAGAAAAAGCCGGUGUCCACGGAGCCUGCGUAUCCUGGGCAGCAGCAGAAUCCCAACCCGGCCACCUUGUACACCGAGCCAGACAAUAUCCACGUUGUCUUAGAUGGCAAGACUGUGGAGCUGAAGGAUCAGAUCCAGAUGUACACGACCAACCAGCUGAUCUCGCAUCCUCUCGUCUCGCCCGUUUUGCAACCAUCGUUGGGUGGCCUUCCGCCUCUGCAAAUUCUGAGCGGUGGUGGCGAGACACUCCGUGAUGAGCAGUUCUACCUGGCCCACAAAGCAGCGGAUCCGUCUGCGUACCCUCCAAGCGACGUCUACCUCAACGAGCACGACCCUGACCGAGAAAUACUCAACCAGUAUGGCCCCACCUAUGUGCAACUUCAAGUGUGGGACAAUUUAUGCCAUGUGGCUCCCACUCUCAGCUUUACAAGACCGGCCAAGUACAUGUUCCGUUCGAUUUCGCAGUUUGGCUCUUGGGCACUGGCGCGUGCUCAAAAAUCAGAGGUUGAAAUUGUGGAUGAGAGCGCUCUCUCACCUAUCUCGACCAGUGGCUCAGACGCCCCGGACAACCAAGGUUCUGGAUCUGCCUCCGCCGACAGACCGCCGGUGGACUCUGUGGGAAAGGCUGGAGACCCCUUGCCUGCGUUCUAUAAAUACAUGAUCCGUCAGAGAGUCGACAAACGUGGGCGUAUCUACCAUCUGGAACCACCUUCGUCAUAUCCCGUACUGGACAUUCCGCCUGCUCAAGUUGGAGCCAUCAAUCCGGUGCUCAUCCGCAAAUGGCUCGAUGCCAAGCACGAGUGGGACGUCAAGUUUGCGAAAGAGAAGCUGCGCUUCCAGAGUCGGCGUAUCAAGGAGAUGGCGCAUGGAUUCCAGGAUUUUGAAGGCGAGCAUCCACCUCCGAGCUCGCUUGCUGCCCGAAGAGCUGCCCCAGGAGUGCUACCGAAACGGCAGGCCAAGAAGAACUACGGGCUGAUGGUCUGGAGCGGCUGGGGAAGCAAGCAUGAUGAACACACGUUGGAAAGGGAGCAACAGGCCGAGAAAUCUGGACAGCCCUCUACCCGCACAAGCGUGGAUGCUGGGCAGGCUGGCGACUGGUCUAGUGAGCCGUCCAAGAAAAAAGAGCGAGAUAUCCAAGACUCUUCCGUCAACGGAAAAUCGAAAUCUGCUGAGCCCGGAACGAUCACCUGGGAUGAAAAGGCGCAUCCAAGCACGGAUGCCUUGUCGGGACGGUUCUCUGGUGAAGCUGGCUCAGCAUAUACACGUCCUGGGUCGGAGAAAAGCGCGGGACCGCUUCUCGUUUUGCCAGAGAUGGACAACCAGAAGCUCCAGCACGAGAACGCUAGUACACGGGCCCUUUUCCAUGCCGCCAUGACCUCCGAUGUCUCUUUGUCGCUCAGCAAACACCGCCCAGGGUCUGUUAAUGGAUCUGUGACUGGCCGCAGCGAGCUUAUGUCGGACAAUGCUAGUACUAUCGGUGGAGACACUGACUCCAUGGCCGUGACCAGUGUCGCUCCAGAUGCAGCCAGCACGCGCGCUGUAGUCCACGCCAGGGGCAUUAUUGGCGAGGUCAAGACCAGUGAUGGUGUUCGCCUGUCCACGGAUACUUUGUCUGUCGCUGGUCGCGAUUCGAUAUCGCUGCGACCCGGCAUGCCGUCGAGAGACGAGUUCAAAAGCGCCGAAGAGCAUCCGUAA